AUGGAAACACAGCCGCCUACGGAGGCUCACCAUGGCAUUGCCAUCUUGAACGUCGAGUACGAGGGCAAGCCGACCGACGAGGAAAUGGCGACUCUGCGACGAGUUCCAGGCUCCGUUCCAGCUCUCGCCUACCUGCUCUGCGCUGUCGAAUUCUGCGAGCGUGCCUCCUACUACGGUUGCGUCCAGAUCUGGACCAACUACAUCAACAGGCCGCUGCCGCCAGGUGGUAACGGAUACGGUGCUGUCGCCGCUGGAUCCCAGGCCACUCAGGGUGCCCUCGGCCUCGGCGAACAAAUCGCCAACGCUACCACUCAGUCCUUCAACCUCAUCGCCUACUGCUUGCCUCUCUUCGUCGGAUACCUCGCUGAUGCUAAAUUUGGUCGUUUCCCCAUGAUAUUUUGGGGUGUCAUCAUCUGCGGUGUUGGCCACGUUCUCAUUGUUGCUGGUGGCGCCAAGACUUUGAUCGAUAACGGAACCGCGAAGAUCCCGUUCUUCAUCGGAGUUUACAUCCUCUCCAUUGGAGCUGCCAUGUUCAAGCCAAACGUCACGCCUCUCCUGCUCGAUCAGAUGAAGAGCCACGUGCCAAAGAUCAAGAUCCUCAAGUCCGGCGAGCGCGUCAUUGAAGACCCCGAGCACAGCACGGAGCGUGUCAUGCUUUGGUUCUACCUUCUGAUCAACAUCGGUGCCUUUAUGUCGACUGCGACCUCGUACUCCGCCAAGUACGUCGGCUGGUGGUUGGCGUUCUUGCUGCCAUUGAUCCUCUACAUUCCUCUGCCACUCCUGCUCUGGUGGCUCAAGCCCCGCCUCAACUUGCACAAGCCCGCCGGUUCUGAUCUGCCAAACGCGAUCCGUGUUCUCAGCCGUUGCCUGGGCGGUGGAGGCAUUUUCCGUAUCGGUCGUCACGGCUGGUGGGAGGCUGCUAAGCCCUCGGUCAUCGCGGCCAAGGGAGGGAAGCCAGAGACUCGCUACAACGACCAAUUCGUCGAGGAUGUCAAGCGUGCCACCCAAGCCACUGGAAUGUUCUGUUUCUUCCCCGUCCAGUACUGGAACGACAACGGUAUCGGAAGUUCCGCCAACUUCUUGUCCACCAUGCUCACUAGCAACGGCGUUCCCAACGAUGUCAUCAGCAACUUCAACUCCCUCUCCAUCAUCUGCUUGGGCCCAAUUCUCAACUACGCCAUCUACCCAGCUCUCCGAAAGGCGCGUAUUCACUACGGCCCAGUUGCCCGUAUCACCACCGGUUUCUUCCUCUCCACCCUCUCCGGCAUUGGCUACUGCGUGCUGUGCUACAAGGCUUACCAAACCAACCCUUGCGGCUGGUACGGCAGCACUGACCCAGAAUGUGUCGACAACGGCCUGGUUUCGCCCAUUUCACUCUGGUGGGAGGCUAUCCCAUACGCCAUUGGUGGUUUCUCCGAGCUGUUCAUCAACGUCCCAGCUUACGGUCUCGCCUACUCGCGUGCGCCAAUCAACAUGAGAGGUGUCGUGUCCGCCAUCAACCUCUUGAACACCGGUUUCGCCUACGUCAUCAACUUGGCUCUCUCCGCCGUCAUCACCGACCCACAUCUCGUCUGGGAUUUCGGUGGCCCAGCCAUUGUUGGUGGUAUUGUCACCGUCUUCUUCUACUUCCUCUUCCGCCACAUCGACAAGGAAGAGUACGUCUUGUCCACCAACCAGACCUCCGAAAACCACGAGACGAACGAGUUCGAGACCGUCGACACCAUGGAUCCAGAGCUGCAUCAGCGUGCCCAGUCUACCAUCCAGGAGAAGGCUGUCGUUUAG